GAAAACACAAAGCAUAAACACUUAAACCAAAUCCGAAAACAACUCAAACUGAUCCAAUAGAUUGGAAGGGGAAAGGUUCUUUAUAACCCUUCCUCUUUCAUUUUCAUUCCUUGGCUCUCUCUUUUGAGAAAGUUCCAUAAAAAUUCUCAUCAUUUGGUUAUUGCAAUCGAGAUUAAGGACUAACCUCCUAAAUGCAUGCAUAUUCAUGCAUGCAUAUGUCUCAAAUUUUUAUAUUACAACCAGAAAUUUCAUUUCUGAAAGAGUUUCAAGUAAAAAUAAAAUAAUAUAAAGCAUGGCUACCGUAGGGUUCUGCGGUUUAAAGCCAUUGCUUUUACGCCGCAAAGCUAGUAUAUUAGAGGGACUUAGAGUAAUAAAAAGCUCAACCACAGCUAAGAAGUCUUCUUCCACACCUUCCACACCCAAGAAGUUUUUUAAGAAGUCUUCAAAGGCUCAGAGCAAAGAAAAUGGAGACCCAAUGGAGUUAUCAUUUGUAGGAGCAGACCAAUUGAUUUUAAUGGUAGAGAUUCAUAAGAAGAUCAUGGCAUUCAGAGACAUCAUGGACUUAGCUUCAUGCAAUAGCUCUGCUUCCUUGCGGGAGAUAGUUUUGAAAACCCUGCAUGAUCUGCAAAGGCUUUAUCCAAAGAUCAUAACAAAAACUCAAGUGUCAAAGAUUAAGGACAAGCCUACUGAUCAGGCUAUGGCUUACUUCUGUGUGGCUUUCAAGCAUCUUGGAGAGUCAUGGAUGAUGGAUAAUGAUUGCAUGAACAAGCUUAAUAUUGUAUUUCCUACUUGCAAGGAUAACAACAAUAUGCGUCAAUUGGGUGACACUAUGCUGGUGACUCUAGAUAACUUGAUGAAGUUAGCAAAUGAGAAGUUUGACAUAGAAGAAAAUGAACAAAAGAACACAAUGAGAUCAUCUUCAUUUUCAGAGAGUAGUUUCUCUUGCUGCUCAUCUCCUCUUACCCCAAGAUCUGUCCUACCCGAAUAUAUGAAAUCGGCUUCAAGAAUUAGUACCGAAAGUCCAAGAAAUUCUCUUGCCUCGCCACUUCUUUCGUCUCUUAGAGAUCAAGCUGUUGGAAAAUUGAAUCCAGUUGAUGGUAAGCGUUUAUCUUGUAAUAUGUCGCCAAAACAUAUCGAAAAGAUAGAUGAAGAACCUAUAACAGAAAUGGAAGUGGAUGAUGAUAAGAAUAUAAAGGAUACAUCAUCAGAAGAUCUUGUGUUUGAUAUGGACACAAAUGAGGAUGAUCAUCAUAAAACAACAGUUAAACCUGAUCAAGCUAUGGAGGAAGUUGAGCUACCACAAUCUCCUAAACAAAUUCAACCAGAAUCUCCUAAACCAACACAAACACCUUUACUUCAACUACAAGAAACAGUGCCUGUUUCUUCACCUUCUCCCCCUCCCCCACCACCACCACCACCUUCUGCACCGACCAUGAUAAUGCCAAAGAAAGUACUAACAUUACCACCAACAACAACACCACCACCUCCGCCUCCACCAUCUAUGAUGCAGCUAAAUGUGGAAGUGCCACCACCUUCAGCUCCAGCUCCAACUACACCUCCACCUUCACCAGCAGCACCAUCUCCACCACCACCACCUAUGAAAGGUGGAUCAGUUCCAGAACUUCCACCACCGGUACCACGUGGUAAUGGAGGCGGAGCACCGCCGCCUCCUCCAGGUGGAGCAGGGAGAACCUUGCGCGCCAAGGCAACUAGUAAAUUGAAAAGGUCAACACAAUUAGGCAAUUUGUAUAGAUCUCUUAAGGGAAAAUUGGAAGGGUCUAGCUUAAAUGGAAAAUCAGCUGCUCCUGGAAAGAAAAGUGCUAUUGGAGGAGCAAGCAAUGGAGGAAAACAAGGAAUGGCUGAUGCUCUAGCAGAGAUGACAAGAAGAUCCUCUUACUUCAUCCAAAUAGAAGAAGAUGUUCAGAAGUACACAAACCAAAUCAUAGAACUCCAAUCUAAAAUUACAAAUUUCAAGACAAACAACAUGACCGAAUUGAGCAAGUUCCACGGAGACGUUGAAUCCAUCCUUGAGAAUCUAACUGAUGAAUCACAGGUGCUAUCGCGAUUCGAAGGCUUCCCCACAAAGAAAUUGGAAGCUAUUAGAAUGGCAGCAGCAUUGUACAAUAAGUUGAAUUCAAUCCUUUCUGAACUUCAAAAUUGGAAGGUAGUGACUCCUAUAGUUCAACACCUAGAGAAGGUUGAACGUUAUUUCAACAAGAUCAAAACAGAACUAGAUGCUUUGGAACGAACCAAAGAUGAUGAAGCUAAGAAGUUUAAGGGUCACAACAUUGAAUUUGACUUCAAUAUUCUUAUAAAGAUUAAGGAAGCAAUUGUGGAUCUUUCCUCCAAUUGCAUGGAGUUAGCACUUAAGGAGAAGCGUGAAGAAGGCAAGAGUGAUGCAAAAAUGCUAUGGAGAGCAUUCCAACUUGCAUUUCGUGUCUAUACAUUUGCUGGUGGACAUGAUGAUCGUGCUGACAAGUUAACAAGAGAAUUGGCUAAGGAAAUAGAAAGUGGCCCUGGCCCUAAUCAUCCAUGAUUGCAUGCAUACAUAUAAACUAUGAUUUUAUGGAGUGAAAAAUUUGAUAUGGUGAGGUUCAUGUGAAUAUAUUAAAAUGAAACCCAUCAUCAUGAAACCUUUUUUGUUGUUUCAAAGCCAUUUGUAUAUUAAAAUGAAUCACUGGCGACUUGGAAUUAUACAUUUUUUGUUUUGUUAAUUUUAUAGGAGCUAGUCAUGGUUGAAGAGUUAUGAAAAUUCAUUUCUGAACUCUACCAGAAGUAGAAAGCUUAACUAAAGCUUCACUACUUUAGUUAA